UAAAGUGGAGCCAAAAUCUCAUUUGGAAAUUAUACUCAUAAUAGUAUUGGCGAUACUUUUGUUCAUAACUUUCAUACUAUUGGGUGUUUUGCUUUAUAUUAAUUAUUCGGGAGAAAAUCGUUUACAAAAUGUAUUUCUUUUGUGGAGUAAAAGCGAUAGAAGAAAACUGUUGAGAAGAGACGCCAAUGGUUAUGACCAGUCGUACCGGACCUCUACCCUAUCGUUUGGGUCAUUUCACGAACAAGAAUUUCAAAUCAAAUCGCAUCCAAUUGACCUUGGUGAAUUGAGCGAUACGGUACCGCUCAUGAUCGAGAACGGUAUCCUUAAGCAGGAGUUUCUCAGUGUUUUUAGGGGACAACUCAUGAAAUGGGAUUACGGGAAACAAGUGCACCACAAGCCCAAGAAUCGGUACGGAAACCUAUUGCCGUACGACCACUCCAGGGUUGUGCUCGACACUCAGGACAACGAUAUGAACACCGAUUACAUCAACGCUAACUUUGUGGACGGCUAUAAGUGCCCGAAUCGCUAUGUGGCCACUCAGGGACCCCUUCCCAACACAAUCAACGAUAUGUGGCGAAUGAUCUGGCAGUUGGACUGCCAUCAGAUUGUGAUGCUUACCAGUCUUGAUGAGGGGGGAAAGAAUAAAUGCGAUAAGUAUUGGACGGAACAGACAUCCAUUUACGGCACUAUAAAAGUCAGUUUAACCAAAACAGAGAUAUUCGCCGAUUAUAUCAUUCGCUCGUUUAUCGCGGAA